AUGCUGCCAGGCAGCGCUGCACAGGCAAAGACGCAGGCCGAUUACUUUGUGCAUGACCUUCCGGGCGCGCCGCAGCCGCUGCUGAAGAUGCACGCAGGGCACAUCGAAGUUGACGCUGCACACAAUGGCAACCUGUUCUUCUGGCACUACCAGAAUCGCCACAUCGCCAACAAGCAGCGCACCGUCCUAUGGCUCAACGGCGGGCCCGGCUGCUCCUCGAUGGACGGCGCCAUGAUGGAAGUCGGUCCAUACAGAGUGACAGAAGACGGAAACCUGAGGUACAACAAUGGUUCGUGGGACGAGUUUGCCAAUCUGCUCUUCGUGGAUCAGCCUGUGGGCACUGGCUUCAGCUACGUCAACACGGACAGCUAUCUGACCGAGCUGGAUCAGAUGGCAGAGCACAUGGUCCUCUUCCUGGAGAAAUGGUUCACGUUGUUCCCGGAGUAUGAGAACGACGAUUUCUACAUCGCAGGUGAAUCCUAUGCAGGCCAGCACAUUCCACACAUCGCGCGCGCGAUCCUCAAACGCAACAAGCAAGCCGGAACCCGAUCAUGGCCGCUCAAGGGCUUGCUCAUUGGCAAUGGAUGGAUCUCGCCCGUUGACCAAUACCUUGCCUACCUCCCCUUUGCAUACCAGAAUGGUCUGAUCACAGCAGGAUCCGAGUCUGCAGCACGGGUAGAGCAACAACAGGCUGUUUGUGUGAAGGCUCUCAACGAUGGCGGGAAGGACAAGGUCGAUACCCCGGUCUGCGAGGCCAUCAUGACCACUAUCUUGGAGGAGACAAAGGACAAGUCCGCCGAUCGCAUGCAGCAGUGUGUCAAUAUGUAUGACAUUCGUCUGCGAGACGAUUCUUCCUGUGGCAUGAACUGGCCGCCGGACCUGAAGCAGGUCACACCUUAUCUCCGCCGCCAGGAUGUCAUUAGUGCUCUCCAUAUCAAUCCUGACAAGAAGACUGGUUGGCAAGAGUGCAGCGGAGCGGUCACCGGCCAUUUCCGCGCCAAAAAUAGCGAGCCUGCUAUCAGAUUCCUUCCAGACUUACUAGCUGAGGUGCCUGUUACCCUUUUCUCCGGCGACAAGGACAUGAUCUGCAACCACGUUGGUACCGAGAACAUGAUCGACAAGAUGUCCUGGAACGGUGGGAAAGGCUUUGAAGUUUCGCAGGGCGUUGUCGCUGCGAAGCAAGACUGGGCUUUUGAGGGCGAGCCAGCUGGAACAUAUCAGGAAGCCCGCAACCUCACCUACGUUGUCUUUUACAACUCCAGCCACAUGGUGCCAUUCGAUUAUCCCAGGCGAACCCGCGACAUGCUUGAUCGUUUCUUGGGCGUCGACAUCGGCGAGAUUGGUGGGACACCGGCCGACAGUGUCAUUGACGGGGAGAAGGGCCCGCUGACGAGCGUGGGCGGUCAUCCCAACUCUACAAAGGCCGAAGAAGACAAGGCACAGCAACUGAAGGAAGCCGAGUGGAAAGCAUAUUACCGCUCUGGCGAGGUUGCACUUGUUGUUGUCAUCAUUGUGGCCCUUCUUUGGGGCGCCUUUCUUUGGAGAAGUAGACGCCGCAGUAACGGAUACCAGGGACCCGAUAGCGACGAGGGCCGAGAGUCUCUUCUCACUGGUAUGGGCCUGGAUAACUUCAGACGUAAGGAACGAAGGGCAGACCUGGAGGCCGCGGACUUUGAUGAGCGAGAGCUGGACGACUUGCAAGAUGUGCCCAAGAAGCCGGCCGGGUAUUCGGAUAAGUCACCGAGGGCACCGCAGAACGACUCUACGUUUAGCCUGGGAGUUGACAGCGACGAUGAAGCCAACGGCAGUGAUCAAGGUCGCGACCAGUACAAUGGCGGCGACGUCAAGAACCCAUUCGAAGAGCGCGUCGUACCUCAUUUCACCGCACAAGAGAUCGCAACACUACAAAACCGAUUGAAUAAGCAACUCGGACCCGAGUUCAUCUCGCAAAGACCGGGCCAGGGCGGCGGUCGAGUUGCAUAUCUAGAAGGAAACAAGGCUAUAGCUCUUGCGAACGAGGUGUUUGGAUUCAACGGCUGGUCGAGCUCUCUGGGCCAGGUACAGAUUGACUACGUCGACGAGCAUCAAAGCGGCAAGGUUAGCCUUGGCCUGUCGAUUGUAGUAAGGAUCACACUGAAAGACGGUACCUACCAUGAGGACAUCGGUUACGGGUCCAUAGAAAAUGGCAAAGGCAAAGCGGCAUCCUUCGAGAAAGCAAAGAAAGAAGCAGCAACAGACGGCCUGAAGCGUUCGUUACGUACAUUUGGCAAUGUUCUUGGAAAUUGUUUGUAUGACAAGGAGUACCUCAAGAAGGUUCAGUCCAUGAAGGUGAAGCCGAGGAAGUUUGAAGAAGGUAAUCUCUACCGACAUGCCGACUACGGACCCGCACCACAGGAAGAUCAUACCAUCGUCAAGCCAGAGCCACACAGAACGCCUAGCAGGCCGAACCAGAUUCUGAGGACACGAACAGAUCAUCUCACACACUCGACAACAGCAGAGUCAGCAGAUUUCGAUGACGAAUUUGACGGUAAUCUGUUUGAUGGUGUCGAGGUUUCUGAGGAUCACGGCGAAGCUACGUUCGACUCGGCUUCAUCGGGCCCAGCAGGGCCGUCGGCAAUUGAAGCACCAAGGCCAGGAAACGGUACGAAUGGCACAAACUCUGGUCGUAACACACCUGUUCCAAACAACGGUCAACCUCAAUCUCAUCCUCAGAGACAGUCGGCACCGACAGGGCGUGGGAACGGGCCUGCGCCUCAGGGACCUGGUCGGACACAGCUCAAUGGCGCAAAUCAGCGUGCUCCACAAACACCACAGCCUCGCCCAGACCAGGCGCGACGGAUGGCCCCACCAGCAAACGACGUCCACAAGGCGCCAAUGCCUCAGCAACAACCUGGGCAACAGCCGCAGCAGCAGUCUGCUCGACUAACACCUCCACAAGCUCAGCAAGCUAACCAGCCACGACCUGGUCCCUCCGUCGCAGACAAUGCAGCUCCCGUGAACAAUGCUCCUAACUCGAUUGUUCCGCCAUCUGUAGGGUUUGUCACUUCUCGAGCUGCCGAACAGAUACAAAACGCAAACUCGGCUACUUCGCUCAACUCUCUCGCUUUCAAUCCUCAUGCCGAAUCACCCGUGCCCAAGGAAAAGCGAACGCCCGGUCUCGACCACACUCGUAGCGUACCCGUGAAGCGAAAGGAGGAGGCCAAUGCCCCCAUCCCUCCGCCACAGGGCUUAGGGCGUCCAGCAAAUGGCGGUGCAGCUGGCUUUAAUCGCCCGAGCAACUUCGUCAACCCCCAACAAGAUACCAACCGGCGGAUUGGUAUGCCCGCAGGCCCCGGCUUUGCCAUGAGUCCUAGUGCGAAUCGUGGCGCGUAUAAGCCUCCCACAUUCGCGAAUGGAGCGGCACCUAACGCGUUGAAGAGAGACAGGGUUGCAUUGCAGGAUGUCAGUAAUGCGGGUCCAAACGGCGUGGCUGCUGAAAGCGGCGACGCAAAGAGGCAGAGGGUCGAGGUGCCUGGGGCAGAGAACACGAGUAUUCCUCCUGCCUAG